UGUCAGCAGUGUGACAUUGGAGCAUUUUGAUUGGAUGCACAGUAAGUGCUAUGGUCUUCUGGUGUCAUUGCUGCUGUGUGCGGAACACACUACAGAUCAGUGGUGGGUGGUCAGGGCCAGCAAACCCUUCUCUGCUGGCCUAAACACUAUGAGAAGUACUUACCUACAUUUACAACUUCAAUUUGAGUAUUUUUUCCAUUAUUUUUUUAUGAAUUAUGUAUAUGUAGCAUAGCAUAGCAAUGGGGCUGUUUUUUCAACCAGUCAUAUUUCAGAUUUGCCUCAUAGGAGCAGCAAGCUGGCCUACAAUAAGACCAAAAAAGUUUUUUUUCUCUGAUUGGUUAAUCAGAGCAAAACAGUUGGAAAAAGAGUCUGUUGUGAUCUGGAAAGGAGGAUGGGUUUUGUCUAUAAAUAAUCAGCAUCUCUGGUGAGCAUGAUCUAUUUUAUUUACAUUUUUGUUAUGUUUUUGUAGUGUUAUUAGAGAAUUAUUGAUUCUGAACUGCUCCAGAUGAUGUUGUAGUGUAGUGGUUUGGAGUUGUGUGACGCUUAUUACAUUUGGCCGAGCUCCAAAUUUACAGACAUUCCACCAGUGAGUGGUGAAGUUGCGUAAUGCUCGAAGUCAGGUUGCUCCAAUCAGGGUUUUAUGCUGCCGAUUUCGAUGCUGGUCAUCCAUGAGUGAAAUCGGCCGAUACCGAUCACAUGGAUUAACUGUAAAUUUUGGAAUUGAUUUAUGAUGAAUGCUAUUGGCCAGGGGUGCCGUAUAAGGGGGAAAAGUUAGGACAAUUCCAAGGUCCCCUGACUGCCACAGGCCCAAAAAAAAGGUAAUUAUUAAAAUAUUGAAAAAAGGGGGGGCCAACUUGAUUUUUUUUCAUGGUGCCCAGAAUUCCUGACUGCACCCCUGCUAUUGGCUAUAUGAUAUGAAGAAAGGAACCAUAAAAUCACCUUAAUUUGGUCAAAAACAUAUUUUACUUACGUGAUAUACUUACUUCAUAUAGGGCAUAUAUCACGGGCGAAACUUACAGAACAUGCGACAACUUCUUUAAGGAGUCUUUGGAUGUGAGAGUACAUUGUCUGGUGGAGCUCUAGCAGGACUUCCAGGAAGCACGCAGCGGCUCCAAAUGAGAGCCAUGUGUCUUCCACCUCUGAGAAGGGCUGGCCACCUAGUCCUAUCAAUUCAAUUAUUUUGUGGGUUAUUUGCUUCGCCUUCUGACUGUCACGCACAUGGGGCAAGUGUCCAGCGUUGACUGCGUAAGCUGCCAUUUGACUGACGCUGCACCGUGAGCCUGGCAAACUCACCAUACUCAAGUGUUUGUUUUGGUGAUCGGCGUUAAAAGGCAUUUGUCAGUGUAUUACGAUCAUGUGCUUUUCCAUGGAAAUUGGCCGAUAUUGAUCAUUGGCCGAUCGAUUGGAGCAUCCCUAGCUGAAAGUUACUAACAGAAAGGUAACUCAGGUGAUGAUGUAUACGAAGAUAAAGGGUUCACUGGGUUUUGUGCUUUAGUAACAAUGGUGUUCAACCCCAGUACGCAAACUACCUUGCUGUAAUGUCACACCAUGUUAUACUGUGUUUUUGUACUGUAUUAUUGAUGGUCUGUAUAACUGUGACAAGAUAGUGGUGGUAUUAAAAGUUGGAUUAAGUGGGUUAAAUUCCCACUGAAGGCCCAGGUACCAAAUGCACUGCCCGCCACUGCUACAGAUAUACAGUAUACUAUUCUAUUGAUUCAUAUCAUUUAAUUAUGGUAAACAUGCUACAACUACAAUAAUCCUGUUAGUGUGCAUUAACCACUCAAAUGCUAUAAAUGUAUUAAACAGCAUCACAAUUCAUUUUACCGUUCCACAACCAUUAUAACGCAUUAUAAGCAUUUUAUUAUAUGCUAUUAUUUGAAUUACUUUACUUACAAAAGUGAGUAGUAUAGUAUAGUAUAGUAUAGUAAUAGUAUAUCUUCUCAAGGGACAAUACUAUAGAAAGAAAAGGAAGUACCCGGAGAAAACCCACGCAUGCACGAGGAGAACAUGCAAACUCCACACAGAGAUGCCCAACAGAGAUUCAAACCGAGAGCUUCCCGAUCUCCUGACUGUGUGGCCAACAUGCUAACCACUAGGCCACCAUGCGGCUCAACACACAGCCAUUAUUGCCUAUAUAUCUGGCAACACAAGUGAGCGGGCAACCAAGCUAAUUGUGUCUACAGUUAAGCAUGGUGGUGGUAGCGUCAUGGUCUUCAUUGAGGGAAACAUGAACUCCAAAUUGUACUUGGACAAUCUGAAGCAGAGCAUGAUUACCCUCCCUUGGGAAACCGGGUUGCUUUGCAGUUCAACACGAAACACACCUUCAAGAUGCAAGUACCUUGCUGAGGAAGCUGAAGGCGUGGCAAAAUAUGUUUCCAGACCUGAACCCAAGAGGAUUAAGGCAGUGCUAGAUAACAAUGGUGCUCAUGCUAAGUAUUGACACUUUGGACACAAUUUGGACAUGUUCAGUGUGAGGUGUACUCACUUGUGUGAUAUCCUUUAUAUGCGCGUAUAUUGUAAGCUUUUAGGAUAUCUGCCUAAUCUCAGUGUGGAGUUUGCAUGUUCCCCUGUGAUUGUAGAUUUUUUUAUAUGGAUAGACGAUGAGAUGCAAUAGCAAUUCCCUGACACAACUCAAAUAAGCCCCCUAGUAGCAAUCCCAUUUAGACAUUAAAGUUCCUGGCAGUGCCAUUGCGUCAUUGUUUUAAUAUCGCCUUUGAUCACCAUGAGCAAAACCAUUAGGACUGACAAAGAAAAUGGCCACACGAGGUAUACUAGUUGCACCGCUUGUAACCGACUUGAAUGGAGACACGGUAGAGUAUGCUUUAUUUGACUCUCCCACAUGAUGGCAGCUCAGGUGGCGUUGUUGAAUUGUGGAACUUAGGGGAAGGAAUUGAAGAAAAGAGUCAAUAAAAUGACAUAUUAAAGUGACGUGGUCACAUGGACGCAUGCCUGGAUGCGCGUGAAAGGAGUGCGGUCACGUGACAUGACAGCCCAGGCAGACACAGAGUAGUGUUCGUUCCUCGGUUCAGGAUUGACCACUUCAUUGGAGGGGAAACGGUGAAGGAAACAACGGAGGAAAGUACAAAACAAGCCCCUUUACCUUCCAACUUGGUGUCUGCUUGUUUGCGCCGUGCUGUUGCUCCUGUGAUUGUUUACGUCAGCGUCCGCAUUCCUUCGCGCCCUGUCUGCAGCAGUGAUUUAAAACUAAUGUCCAGUCGAGUAAACUCACAGCUCGUCAUUAUUCGCCAACUACACACCAACAUCAGCUGGAGGACGGUGGCGGGGGGGGGAAGCGGACGGUUGUGUUUUCUCUUGUGGACGCUGACAGGGUAAAGUUGACUCUUAUUCGACAUGAUAGCGCAGUAAGUUAUUAGUAGAUCUGGAUCCAGAGCCAGAGCUCAGGAUGGAGGGAAGAGGCAAAGGUAGGCCCACUUCAGGACUAAACUGUGGUGUCCACUCCCGCCUGCGGAGCUCCUCGCUGGAAAUCCGAGGGAAAGAAAUUCAAGAAAAGGGCUCUGAGAUCCUCAGCGAGCAACUGGAUGCUGCAAAGAGGGAACUGAAACUGAAAGAUAAGGAGUGUCAGCGUCUGUCACAGGUCAGGAAUCAGCUGGAACAAGAGCUGGAGGAACUGACUGCUAGUCUGUUUGAGGAAGCUCACAAGAUGGUGCGGGAGGCAAAUGUCAAACAAGCAGCAUCAGAGAAACAACUGAAGGAGGCUCAAGGAAAGAUUGAUGUCCUGCAGGCAGAAGUAACUGCGCUCAAGUCUCUGGUGUUGACGUCCACACCGUCCUCACCGAAUCGCCAGCUGCAUCCCCAGCUGCAGCUUCCAGUCACCAGGGUGGCACAUAAAAUGGUCGGAGGUCACAUUCGCAACAAGAGUGUGAGCGGCAGCUUCCCGUCCCCACCUGGAAAACCUGAAUCGCCAUCACUUGCUGUUCAGCCUAUGGUCAAAGAGGACAGCGAGCCUGCUGUUCCUGCUCUCAUCUUUUUGAUUCUCUGCCUGCUUCCUGACCAGUCUUUCAGUGUGACCUUUGACUCUUAUUGUCAGGAGCAGAGGGAUGGGGUAGGGACUGACAGCAGACAGAUGGACUCAGUUCUGUAUGCAGAAUUCCUGCUGUGGAAGGAACAUCCAAGUCUAGAUCGCUCCUCUGCCCUCAUGAGCCGGAUCUACCGAGAAGAAAUAACACCCUGCCUCUCCUUUACACGAUCAGAGCUGUCCCAGCUGGUGCAGAGUGCUGUGGAAAACAAUUCUUUGACUAUCGAGCCUGUGGCCAUGUCAGCGUUACCAAUGGUUAAAGCCUCGGUGAUAGAGUGUGGCGGCCCUAAUGGCUGUAGGGCAGCAGUAGAGACAAAAUGUGCGUUAAGCGGCGUGUCGCGACUGUGCAGACAUCGCAUUAAACUUGGCGACAAGGGGAGUUACUACUACAUUUCCCCCUCUAGUCGAGCACGGAUCACGGCUGUGUGCAAUUUUUUUACGUAUAUCCGGUACAUUCAGCAGGGCCUGGUCAGGCACGAUGCAGAGCAGAUGUUCUGGGAGGUGAUGCGUCUCCGCAGGGAAAUGACUGUGGCCAAGUUGGGUUUCUACCUCACGGAGCAGGGUUAGGGGACCCACUGGACCAGCUUGAGGAGCCGACCACAGCACCUUAGGCGUACAAUGUGGUAAUAACAGCUUUAAUGCUGUAUGAGUCAACCAAGGAAAUGCCCGAUCACAAUAAGAUAAUGAAAGGUAAAGUUAGUUUUUUAUUACGCUUGAAGGCUUAUAUAAACAUUCAAUAUGUAUAUCCGUCCUUACAUCACAAGUUGUAUCGUGGAAUUCCAGUUUAAAUCAGGUGCCGGAAGUCCCAAAACUUCAUGCUUCAUGAAAAAUGUUAUUCUGAAAUUAUAUUCACAUAGGUGCCACGUACAUUCAAAAGCUGUAUAAACAUUACUUUGAGGUACCACCACACAAGCUCAGCCAUGACAAUUUGUGCCGUCAGCCAGCAUGGUCUGAAUUUUGCAAGGUUGCACUUUAUGUUCUUGAUGCCUUGUUAAGAAGUAGCAGCUGCAGUCUCCUGUUGGCUCGCCAUGUUCAAUCACAUGUACUGUCCUCCACAGUUGGUGUGUGUAGAUGACAUGUAGUAGAAAAGCUUACGUGAUGAGUGAUGUUUUGCUAUUCUGAAAUCAACACGGUGUAUUUUCUACACCAGGGGCCAAAUGUAUAAAACUCUGUACAUUUAGGUCUAAAAAUCUGUGUACACACAGAACAGGAAACAUGCAUACAGUCUUUCCGUUUGAUGUAUAAAACUCCACAUAUUGUGACCAUGCCCAUAAGUCACCUUAGAUAGCUUCCAACUCACUCCCACGGUUGCCUUUUUUUAACAUAUAAAAGGCACAAGAUAUUUCAUUUUGAGUCGAGAUGGCGGAAAUGAAAGAGAAGAAGCGCAAUUCCACACAUUGUUAAAUGGAAGUAGUGGUAGAACAAGUACAAAAAAAGAAAAUGUGUAUUCGGUAACAGAGGCCGUAAAUUAAGGGAGUUCUGAGACGAAAACCCUGGAGGAGAUUGUAAAAAAUGGUCCGACUUCAAAAAAGGCUAAGAAAUGCAUUGCUGCGGACAGUAACAGCAUGUGUGCCACCGGAGGAGGAGAGGGAACCCCAGUAUGCUCUCACUGGAUGAGUGCGUGGCUUCCACUCUAAGUCAAACUGCCAUCAGUGGCAUUGUGCUGGAUGACAUGGAGGACACAGACGAGCCUGCGCAUAUGGAUUUAGGCAACACACCCAGUUUAAAUCAUAGUUUAAUUGGACUUACAAUGAAGACAAACAUGUUUGUUCUUCGCUACAGUGUUAUUUCAUUAAUAGGUGAAGAUGUUGCUACUUCCAUAAGUUGAGUCGGGGGGAGAAGUCUAUGCCAGUGUACCACGGCCUUCACCUGCCCAGACAUGUGCAUGUGUCCUCACUGGCUGUAUGAUGGAAUCACAAAAAUAAAUGAUAAAUUCUAUUGACAAAGUUGCCAUGGACCUAAGGGAACUCCGAGGGGGAAUAAAUGAAAUCAACUUGUUAGCAGGUUAGCUGAUUGUUUCAUUCACUCCAUGCAGUCACUGCAUCACCUGAGGACACAGUUGUCUUGCUGGCUGGUGGGCUGCAUCAGGUCUGCCACGGUCAGUUCGAAAUGGGGCUUGAUUUCUUACAGCCAGAUUGUGCAACACAGCACAGCCGCUGACUAUUAUGCAGACCUUUACUGGUAGAGUAAUGUGCUUGUAUUUUUUACUCAUAUUAAUAAGAUAUAAAUAAAAUAAUUAAAUACAAUGUUAGGAUACGAAGAUCUUAUUUACUGUCUAACAAAGAAGUGAAAUUAAAGAAAUCUAAAUGAAAUGAUUCUCACAAAUACACAUUUUGUCCUUUCAAAUCUAAACCAAAGGACUGUAUAGGCUACACAUGGUCUGAAGCAUGCGUGCCAGUACGCACACUCACUGCUCGUGGAUUUUAUACAUUUGGAAAAAUUUGUGAGAAGUGGUGCUGUGAAUGAUGCGUAGCAGUACGCACAUUCUCGCCACCCAUGGAUUUUUGUACAUUUGAAUUAAAUAUGGGAGGUGGCGUACACACACUUUUUUUAUGUCUACGCAUGGUUUAUACAUUUGGCCCCAAAGGUCUCCAACAGGAAGGGUGGAAGCUGCCAGUAGCUCGCUGGCUGAUUUAGAGUAGCUCACCAAAGAGUCAAAGAACAUUUGCUGAAACUCUUAGUAUUUGUAGAACUGUUCAAUUCAGAAAUGAUAUCCCUAUUUAAUGACAAAUGACCACAGAACAGCAUAAAUGACCGCACUGUUUGAGUGGAGAUGUGCUUUGUAAAUAAAAUACAAUUUAAAUGUUGCCAGUCAUAACUAAAGUAGCUCGCCUCUACUUUUUUGUCCAAGUAGUCCUAAUGGUGAUGGAAAUUGGGAGACCCCUGCUCUACGAAGAAGUGCAUACUGAAAUACAAGUUACAAUACAAAUGCAGGUGAACAAUUGUUGUUGUUAUUCUGUUUGGGUGGAAAUAAGCUAUGAAAAUGUGUUAAAAAAUUAGUAGCUCCUGGCUAUUUCAAUAUUUUAGAUGGAGAAAAAGGUGUACUGUAUGAGGAUUUCCAACUUUGCAUGAAUGCAGUCCAAAGCCAUAUUAUUCAAUUUGCAUUGGUUGUUUUACCUCAUGGCAUACAUUUAUUAUCAUUUUUAACUGUCGUCUCAAGAAAACUGUACCUUGAAGGUGAACAUGAAGAAACGUGUGGGUACAAACGUGCAAUAAACUCUACUUGGCCUCUUUAGGGCUUUGAGGUCUCCA